CAGUGCACCGCUCUGCUGCACAGCCAUGUUGCUGUGGUCAGUAUGGAAUCUCAGCAUACUCCUGCUACUGACCCCCCUUCAGGCCGUAGAAGAGGAUGACAUCCGAGCCGGUUGUAGCACAGCAGUAAAUGACUUGGUGUAUAUUGUUGAUGGCUCGUGGAGUGUGGGCUUCACAGACUUUGACACAGCCAAGCGAUGGCUAGUGAACAUCACCAGCGGAUUUGACAUCAGUCCUCACUACACACAGGUGGCUGUGAUCCAGUACAGUGAUACACCUCGUUUGGAGAUCGCUCUGGGAAAGCACCAGAGUGAAGCUGAGCUCAUCCAGGCCAUAGAGAACAUCUCCUACCUGGGAGGAAACACACAGACGGGUAGGGCUAUUAAAUUUGCCGUGGACCAUGUCUUCUCCGCCUCCCAGCGAGCCAGUCAAGUCAAGAAUCGCAUUGCUGUGGUGGUGACCGAUGGCAAGUCUCAAGAUGAUGUGGUGGAUGCCAGUGUGGAGGCCCGAGCUCAGGGCAUUAUUGUGUUUGCGGUUGGAGUUGGCACUGAGAUCACCACCUCAGAGCUGAUAUCCAUCGCCAACAAACCAUCGUCCACCUACGUGCUGUAUGCUGAAGAUUACACCACCAUCGAUCGCAUCCGAGACUCCAUGGAGCAGAGGCUCUGUGAAGAGUCUGUAUGUCCGACACGGAUUCCAGUGGCGUCUCGUGAUGAGAAAGGAUUUGAGCUGAUGGUGGGCAUGAGCAUCCAGAAGAAAGCCCAGAAGAUCCCUGGCUCCCUUGUAUCAGAGGCAGCGUACGCCCUCACCACCUCCAUGGACAUCACUGAGAAUACCAGGGAGAUUUUCCCAGAGGGUCUUCCUCCAUCUUAUGUGUUUGUGGCCACCCUGCGCCUGAAGGGGUCCUCCAGCAAGGUGACCUUUGACCUUUGGAGGGUGCUGUCUAAGGAUCAAGAGAUCCAGGCUGCACUGACGCUGAGUGGGCAAGACAAGACUGUCACCUUCACCACCACCAGUACAACGGAGCUGGAGCAGAGGGUUGUGUUUAGAGCCGGCUUCCAGACUCUGUUUGAUGGACAUUGGCAUCAGGUUAAAGUCCUAGUGAGGCCGAGCCAGGUCACUAGUUUUCUUGACGAUCAGCAGAUCCAGGAAGUCAAGUUGGAGCCUGUGGAGCCCAUUUACAUUAAUGGGAAAACACAGGUGGCUAAGAGGCGAGGAACAGACGUCACUGUGCCUGUGGAGAUUCAGAAACUGCGUCUGUACUGUGAUCCUCAUCAAAGUGAGAGAGAAACGGCUUGUGAGAUCUACUCAGUGGAUGACGAAAGGUGUCCCCUGAAUCGAACUGCCACAGUGGAGGAGGAGGAAUGCAACUGUUCAACUGGACCACCGGGACCGCCCGGUCCUGCAGGACCCAUGGGAACACCAGGGCCUGCAGGUUUCCAGGGGGAGAGUGGGAGGACAGGACGACCAGGUUCAGACGGUAAGCCUGGUAAAGAUGGGAAGCCUGGAGAAGCAGGUGCUCCUGGAUUACCAGGGAAGAAAGGUGAAGGUGGCCUGCCAGGACUAAGCGGAGAGCCUGGUCUAAAAGGUGUCAAGGGAGACAGAGGGGAGCCAGGCUUGCCAGGACAACCAGGACCCCCGGGACCCAUGGGUCCUCCUGGUGAGAAAGGGGAUCUAGGACCUCCAGGAGAGGUUGGACCACCGGGGCAGCCAGGACUACCAGGCACCGAUGGACCACCGGGACCAAAGGUCAUUCAAGGGGAGAAGGGAGAUGCUGGCCUGACUGGUGCUGAUGGAGCUCAGGGCGUCCCGGGUAUCCGGGGACUUCCUGGAGAGAUGGGGCCGCGAGGACCUCAGGGGGAACGAGGGAUGCCGGGAGAGAUAGGAGCCCCUGGAAUAAAAGGAUCAUUGGGGAUGCAGGGCCCCCCGGGGCCACCCGGAGAGAACGGUCGAGAUGGUCCCAAGGGGAGCUGUGGAAAUCCAGGGGUUGCUGGUCUUCAUGGUCCACCAGGAAAAAAGGGCUCGCCGGGGGAGCCAGGGAUCCCAGGGCUGCCAGGAGCCAUGGGCAUGCCUGGGUUCAAAGGUCAUAAGGGGGAGGUAGGAGAAACAGGCUCCAAAGGAAACAAGGGUGAGCAAGGCAGCGACGGAGCCCCAGGGACUCCCGGCUUACCUGGCGAAGUGGGACCCAAGGGAGGGAAAGGAGAGAAAGGAGUGGUGGGGGAGAUGGGCACCAGGGGACCUGAGGGGAAGAAAGGAGAUAUGGGGCACAUGGGACCUGUGGGUCCCAGGGGAUUUCCUGGCCAGGAUGGGUUUCCGGGACAACCAGGGCAGCCAGGCUACCCUGGAAAACCAGGCAAGCCUCCCUCAGAUGAACACCUCAUAAAGCUCUGCACUGAUGUUCUGCGUAAUCAGCUCCCAGCACUGCUCCAGACCCUGGCUCCCCCGGCUCAAUGUGAACCCUGCCAGAGCCAGAGGGGACCCCCAGGUCAGCCGGGAGCACCGGGACCCAAAGGCUCCAUAGGUUCCCCGGGCUACCCUGGCAGGACCGGCCCUCAGGGUUACCAGGGACCCCCUGGACGGCAAGGUCCUCCAGGCCUCAAAGGUGAUGUGGGACCAAGAGGGUUAAAAGGCAGCAAAGGGGAAGGUCAUCCUGGGCCGCCAGGGCCACCUGGACAGCAAGGUAUUCAGGGCCCCCGUGGCUCUGAUGGAAUCGGCCAUCCAGGCAUCCAGGGAAUCCCCGGGAAACCUGGAACCCCAGGAAUUCCUGGUAAACGCGGCACCCCAGGGCUACCGGGGGUUUGUGAUGUUUCCAUGUGCUAUCAACCUUACAACCUCAGGGAGGAUCAUUUCAGCAAAGGACCCUACGUCUGAUGACAAGGCAGCG